AAAAUGUCGCUGACCUCCAUCCUGUCGGCUGAGGCCAUUGAAAACGCCGUCAAGGACUGUCAAGCUCCAGACUCGUUCAGCUGUAAGAAGUUUUUCCAGCUGUGCGGUCUGUCCUCUAAAUCGGCCAAAGAGGUGCGAGACGUCUUCCAGAUCCUGGAUGAAGACAACAGCGGCUACAUCGAGGAGGCCGAACUCAAGUUCUUCCUGCAGCAGUUCGUCCCCAGUGCCCGGACGCUGACUGACGCUGAGACCAAGAGCUUCGUCUUGGCUGCUGAUGACAACAGCGACGGCCGCAUCGGAGCAGACGAAUUCCAAAAAAUGGUCCUGUCCUGA